UCAGCGCGGCGCAUCCGGCCGUGCUAAAAUGGCGACUCCCAUGCAUCGGCUCAUAGCGCGGAGACAAGCUGAAGCAAAUAAGCAACAUGUAAGGUGUCAGAAAUGCUUGGAAUUUGGUCAUUGGACUUAUGAAUGCACUGGAAAAAGAAAAUACCUACAUAGGCCAUCAAGAACAGCAGAACUAAAGAAAGCAUUAAAAGAAAAAGAAAACAGAUUAUUAUUACAGCAAAGCAUUGGAGAAACUAACGUAGAAAGAAAGACCAAGAAAAAAAGGGCCAAGAGCGUCACUAGUUCCAGUAGCGACAGCAGUGACAGUUCAGCCAGCGACUCUUCGUCAGGCAGCGAAGACACAUCUACCUCCUCUUCCUCCUCAGAGGACAGCGACUCCGACGAGAGCUCCUCCAGCUCAUCUUCCUCGGCCUCCUCUACCUCUUCCUCCUCCUCCUCCUCCUCUUCCUCGGACUCGGACUCAGAUUCCAGCUCCACCAGCAGCAGCAGCAGCAGUAGCUCGGGGAGCAGCUCCGAGGAGGAGCCCCCCAAGAAGAGGAAGAAGAAAUAGAAUUUCCCUCUCACAUUGGACCAAGGAACCGAGGACGACAGUGCGAUUCUCAGAGGAGAACCGAGAUGAGCAUAAAGCCAAAUAGAGUAACUGUUUAGAAUUUCUCGAGUUCGGGGCUGGGGAUUUAGCUCAGCGGCAUAAGCGCCUGCCUUGCAAGCAGGCGGUUGUGAGUUCGAUCCCCGGUACCGAUAAAAAGAAAAAAGAAAAAAAAAAAAAAACAGAAUUUCUAGAGUUCAAAAGUUUCUAAUGCUCUACAUUUUAAGAGCAAAAAGAGAAUUAACAAUGAGUGAUAUAUAUAUAUAUAAAGACUUAUUUUGGAAGUGAAUCUUGUUUUUUUUUUUUUUAAUCUUUAAAAGGUAUCUCUAGAAUUUAAAAUUAAAACCCAGAAAAUCUGUUUUUGUGAUGAAACUUAUUUUUUCUCCUUGUGAAACGAAUGCCUUGCUUUGUUACAUGUUAAUGGUGUGUGUUAGGCAGGUUUUCAGGGUAAUUUAUCAGAGUGUCUGGCAAUGAAUGUCUAACAUUGCGUAGAAAUACUAACCUGGUCAGCUGUGCUGUUAUGUAACCUUUAGUACAUUGUUACUAGAAACUUAGGAGUUUUCCUACUGUUAAUAAAUGUACUCUUUAUGUUGAUGUUCAGGAAAUUAUUCUCUUUGUCCUGAGUAAGAAUUCAAGGAACAUAUUAAUGUAUUUAUAACUGUUGAGUGUUACAAGUUGCAAGUUAUGUUUCAUCAUUCAUUUCUUCGUGGUUCCUUAAGUUCUUCCAGUGACCCUUUUCUGAGGAAAGUCAUUCUGGAGGAAUCUAAACAGGGACAAAAAAAUUGAAGCUAGGGAGUCAAUCUUGGUACCUUUGUUAAAAGUCAUAGCAGAAAAGAAAAGCAGCCCUGUAAAAGGCUAACUUAGUAAAAAUGCUUAAAUACCUUUGUGUCUUAACAUGCUGUAUAAGGUACCGUUUAAGGAGAGAGAAAGGAAGAAUGGUAAUUUUUAUAGAACGUUAGGACAAUUUUGGUUGCCUUUCUUAAAAAGAUUUAUAAAGCUUUCAUAAAGAUUGCCUUUUGCUAUUUUUGCAGUUAUGGUAUGACAGUUUAUAUGGUAACUGGUCAUAUGACAGGUCUACUGCAUAACUGAACGAGGGUUAAUCUGCAGUUUUAGACCUAUAUACACAGUUGAAAUUCAACAUGAAAUGUUAAGGAGGAAAUACUGCAGUGUUUCUUAAAAUACUGUUGUGAGAUUGGAUUAGCAUCACAUUAUUCUGUGAUGUCUUUUAACCUUUUUGAAAGAGGUAUCAUUUGUAGAAAAACCUUGAUUUGGGUUAAAUAUAGGUUCCUAAAAGUAUAGUUACUGUCUUUUUUAUAUUUUUAUGAGAAAGUAGUAGGAAGUUAUCUUUGAAGGAAACGGGCUUCUACUUGAAUGUUGAAAUAUAUAUGUUGUGAAUUCAAGAAGCCUGUAAUUACCUGUGAGUUUUACAAAACCAUCUGCUUUCAAUUAUUGUAAAUAAACUUUCAAAGCAUCA